UUCUUCGGAUAAGGAUGAGCGAUCUGGUGAGGCACACUUUCGCAUUAUUAAAAGAAAAAACACAUUUUCGUCGAUGUUCUCGGGACACAUCAAGGCUGCUAAGCCCUGAUCUUUCAAAGUAAUUUUUUCGAGUCUUUAGGCAAAGAAGAUAACGGGUGGUCUCCAACUCUCAAGAGCUGUUUUAGACUCAUUUGCGAAGUAAAUUAUGAUCGAAAACUGAAUUGUUCAACUGGGACUGGAGUACUAGAAGAAACUCAAAACUUUGAUGGAUAGAUGAUUCUGUUUGCAGGCUGUGAAAAUGGCAAAUGAACCAGUCAACGUGAAUGAGUUCCAAGAAUUGGCUAGGCAAGCUCUAUCUAAAAUGUACUAUGAUUUCUAUGCUGGAGGAGCUGAGGAUCAGGAUACGUUAAAGGAGAAUACUGAGGCUUUUCAAAGGAUCAAGAUUCGGCCUAGAGUUCUUGUAGAUGUUAGCAAAAUAGAUAUGACGAGGACCGUGCUUGGUUACAAAAUCUCUGUCCCUAUAAUGAUUUCUCCAGUUGCUUUUCAACAAUUAGCUCAUCCUGAAGGAGAGGUUGCCACGGCCAGAGCUGCAGCAGCAUACAACACGAUCAUGAUUUUAUCAUGCAGGUCUAGUUGCACUUUGGAAGAGGUUGCUUCUAGCUGCAAUGCUGUCAGGUUCUUUCAAUUAUACGUUUUUAAGAGACGAGAUGUGUCAGCUCAGCUGGUGCAGAGAGCUGAAAGAAAUGGAUAUAAGGCUAUUGUCUUGACAGUCGAUACUCCUAGAAUUGGUCGAAGGGAGGCAGACAUUAGAAACAAAAUGAUCCGACCAAAGCCGAAGAAUUUUGAAGGCCUUAUAUCUAGUGACUCUCAGAAUGACUCGAAGAUAGAAGCAUUUUUCAAGAAAAACUAUGAUGAUUCUCUGAGUUGGGAGGAUAUAGGAUGGUUAAGAACAAUCACUACCUUGCCAAUUCUUCUCAAAGGGAUACUUACUCGUGAAGAUGCAAGUAAGGCAGUUGCAGCAGGCGUUGCUGGGAUUAUUGUCUCUAACCAUGGAGGCCGCCAACUAGAUUAUGCUCCUGCUACUAUUUCUGUUCUAGAGGAGGUAGUUGAAGCAGUUGGAGGGAGAAUUCCUGUUCUUGUGGAUGGAGGGGUGCGGCGAGGGACAGAUGUGUUUAAGGCAUUAGCCCUUGGAGCACAAGCUGUACUAGUUGGAAGACCGGUUAUCUACGGGGUUGCAGCAAAGGGAGAAAAUGGGGUGAGAAGUGUGAUGGAAAUGCUAAAGAAUGAGCUUGAGAUCACUAUGGCUCUUUCUGGUUGUCCAACUCUUAAUCACAUUACAAGAAGUCAUGUUAUGACACACCACCAUCCUUGCUCAAACCUUUAAAUUCUUUUAUUAAGUGUUGAACUUUAGUUUUGUUUGACUCCAUCCUAGCCUUAGAACACUCCCAAUGAAUGUUCUACUCCAUCCUUUAAAACACCUUCCAAAACACACAUUUUUCUAUUUUACCUCUAAAUUUUACAUUAUACAUUCUCUA